AUGUCGAUUCUUGGUCAGAACAUCAAGGACCUCGAGGGAGCUAUGACCUCAGAGGAGAAAGCCGAUAGGAAACAGUUCAAGGCAGCCGAGAAGGAAUUCAAGAACUCACAGAAAAGCCGCACUAAUCUUGAGAAGCAACUAGCUAAGGCACGCAAGAAAUCUGAUAAGGCCGUCAAUAAUGAACACAAGAUGGCACGCAAGCUCACCGCGGCGCAGUCGAGUCAUGACAAUGCAGUCAUUGACGUGCGUAAGGCUCAAGAAAUGAUCAAGACCAGGGAGGCAGAUUUGCACCGUGCGGAGGCUACUUUCGAGACCAGACGUAUCGAGAUGCAGAAUGCCGCUCAACGAAAAGAAACACAUGCUCAUCAUCACAGAGCUACUCGCGCAGAAAUUGAUAGUCGCAAGACAGAAGAUCAGGCGAACAAGGAGCCCAAUAACAUGGGUCUCUUGGGCACGAGAGCUGAAAAGCCAGCUCAGACUAGUGGGCCAUUGAGUGCAAAUCGAUGA